CUAUAAUACUCCUCUCUACCUGAUUAAUGUGUUGAAAAUUGCCUGCAGACUGCAGUGAAAAAGAAUUUUCUGAUGUUUACAUAGUACUCUUGUGAAAGUACUUACUUGAAAAUCAGGGGUAUUGUUGUCAAUGCCACAGGUUAAAUUAUUGAAUACUACUUUGCUAAAGAGAGAGAGGUGGUGGGUGUAAGAGAAUAGUGGUCCAGUAACUAUUGUUGGCAUCUGAAAGAAAAGGUUGUCUCUGCUUGCCCUGUUCUCUUUCACCUUCAGUCCCAUUACUCAUAAGAACACACUCCCACCUCUGUUUCAGAGAGUCACACUGUUCCGCUCUUGCUAUCUUCAGACUUUCUUUUAACGGAUUUUUACCUCUUAUCUCUUCCCUACUCGUGACCUGCUCCUUUACACAAAUCGCCCAUCAUAUCUCUCUUUCUCUUUCUCUUCCCCAUUCUCCCCUACCCUUGGUUUUCUUUGUGGGGCUAAAUCUCUCUUUUAAACUCUCAGCGGGUAGUAUAUUUUCAUUUUGCUGACUUCUGAUUCUUUACUGCAAAACCCACACUGAUUUUUGAGUUCUGUGCCUUUUUCUUUUUUCCUCUUCUUAUUCUUUAACCCCAUCUCUUUGAGAUUUUCCUUGUCUAGUAUAAGAAGGAAAGAAAAUCAUUGCAUUCUUACAUAAGUCUAAUCCACAUUUUCAGAAUUUGCUUCUUGUGGUCAAUUCAGAUGGGGUUUUUCAGGGUUUUAGCAUAAAACAUUGGAGUCUAUAGACUUUCCUUGUUUAUGAAACUGGGUCUGUUUGCACUAGACUUCUCUUGUUUACUGUUUGCAGCUUUUUGCCUUUUGUCACCUUGACAUAACCUCAGCAGACCUUUUUUUAAUUGAUAGUAAGUUCUUUUUUUAAGGGUUCUGGGUUUUGGCCUUUUUCCUAGUUUGUUGUGGCACAAAGCUUAAAGCUUGUUUCCCACUCUUUUUCCUUGCCAUUUCUUUGCUAAAGCUUGAAUUCUCCUUGCUUGCCAAUCAGAAUUUCUAAACUAAAUCUUCUAUCUUCAUUUAAAUAUUGCUGCUUUGACUUUCCAAGGCUUAUGAAGUCAAAUUCUCUCUUCUUCUCUCUAUCAGCCUUGAGUUUCUGUUGAAUUGGGACUGUUUUAUUGUAUAAUAGCCAACAACAAUGAGCUCCUGCUUGAGUGGAGGUGGACGGGCAGCAUAUACACUUGACCUUGAUAUCAUUAAAUCUCCCUCAACUUCAACCCGUACCUCUUCUUCAUCACCUUCUUCAACUAUAUCAGAAUCAAGCAAUUCCCCGCUUGCUAUCUCAACCCGAAAACCAAGGACUCCACGAAAACGACCCAAUCAGACUUACAAUGAGGCGGCUGCUCUGCUCUCUACGGCAUAUCCAAACAUCUUCUCCGCCAAGGACAUCUGUAAGCCUUGCAAAUUCAUCAAGCCCCGUGAGUAUUCUUCCUUUUCCUUUGAAGAAUCCUCUGGUGAAUUGCUCCUACCUUUCCCAGUAGAGAAACCUGUUUUCCAGAUAGACUCUACUGUAUAUGGUAAGUCAUGCUUAAAUGACAUGGAUGAAAUUGGUUGCCAAAUGAAUUCCUCUAAGUUAUGUGAUGGAUAUGAGGAUUUUGAUACAGAAUCUAUCCUUGAUGAAGAAAUCGGGGAGGGGGUUAUAGACAGCAUAAUGGGGGAUGAUUUAAGUGUGUCUGUUGAAGGCGAGUCAACUACUUGCUCCAAGAAUGGUAGUGUUGGCCCCGUUAAUUUUUGUUAUGGGUAUCCUGUGGGGUUAGGAUUAGGAUUAGGACUAGGAUUAGGUGGGAGAUUUGAUUUUGGGUUUGGAUUGAUGAGAGGCGGAGUGGCUAAGGCAUUUAGACAAAAUGAUGAGGGAGAUUGGUGGAGAUUUCCUGCUGUUGAUGUUGCUGAAAUUUCACCAAGGUUUAACAAGCCUUUGCCAGCUGAGAAGAAGAAAAAGUUAGAAAAAUUAAACAUUAAAUCCUCUUCUUCAAUCCCGAAGAAAGAAAAUUCAGUGUCAGUUCCCAAGUCUAGUUCAUCCUCAAGCAAGGAAAAUUUGGCCUCAAGUCCUAAGUCUAGUUCAACAUCAGGCAAGGAAAAUUCGGUCCCUAAUUUUAAAUCAAGCCCUGGGGUGCUCUUAAAACUUAAUUAUGACGAGGUGUUGGAUGCCUGGUCGGAUCGGGGCUCGCCUUUCUCCGAUGACAUUCCAGGCUCCGAGUUUUCUGGAACUGAUGCCUUGGCAAGAUUGGCACAAAUAGAUUUAUUUGGUGAAUCUGGAGCCUUGAGAGAAGCAAGUGUUCAGCGGUACAAGGAGAAACGUCGAACGCGCUUCUUCUCAAAGAAGAUAAGAUACCAAGUGAGAAAGGUUAAUGCUGAUCAGCGACCGAGAAUGAAGGUAUGCAACUAUGACAAUCCGGGAAGAUUUGUAAGAAGGCCGAAUUCAUCUAGGAGUGAAGAAGUAAAGUAGCGAAUUGGUAUAUUACAAGCUUGAUCCGUUGGUCUAUCUUCUAUUUUUUACCGUAUAGGAGAAAACAUUACACUUUUGUAAGAAUUUUGGCAAAUUGAUACCCAAAAAAAAGUAGCUAAGGCUAGGUAACAGGGAUGAUUAAAGAGUUUUAGUGUUUUUAUUCCCUCAAUUUUGUAGUCUUAAUCAAUGGUGGUAUAUUGCAUCUUUUGUACUUAGCAGCUUCUUUCAAUAAAUAAGAAGACAUAUGUUGGUGACAA